UCAAAAUAAUUGCUGAUUCAUUUUAUGAGGAUUGACUAAUUGUUGCAGCUCUAAAAACAACUCAGCUUAGUUUAAAAUAUGCAUUCAUUCAUCCAUUUAACAGCAUGAUGAUCACCACCUCCUUAUGAAAUACACAGUUUUUGUCUAAUGUCAAUAGACUGCAACUUCGUCUGAAACUUAAGCUGUGAAAACUCAUGAAAAAUGUAUCAGUUGUUGCCACAUCAAAAAUAAACCAACAUGAAGUGACUGCUGCAAUAUUGUGUGUAUUCUACCGAAUCUUUUGCAAUCAUGUUUCACAUCACAGUUCCUGUUUCUUGUCUGCUUUCAUCAAAAGCGGUGUGUUCCGUGAGAAAUCAAACUCCUGUGCUGAGGAGCCUUUUAGAUUCUCCUAAUAUCCAGAGUGAAUACUUCACAUCAUCCAUGUGUUUAAGGUUAAUGGAUUCCUCCACCGCUUUCAUGAUCUUAAAUGUCACUCUGUCCUAUUCAGCUCCCCGUUGAAUACGUCUGUACGGGUUCCACAGUUAGUCUAAACUGUUACGUCCUGCAGUGCUGAAUGUCUGCUGAUGUGUCAGUGAAACCAAGCAGUUCUCCUUGCUUCUUAGCAUAUGAAGAGCUUCACUCGAGAGGCCCUUAUUGAUGGGCGCCUAAUGCGUCCUUGUAGCCCACAUCCUCAACUCUCCCACGCACUGAAAUAUAGUUGGUAAAUAUCAUUAUGACGCAGAGUGCUGUGAGGAAAAUACAAGAGUGAGUCCCUGCACACAAGAAUAGAUUAGACAAAGUGAUCUAAAUUUAUAAUCAGUGUUGUUUGUUCAUGUGCAUGACGUAAGUGAUUUGACAUGAAUGCUUUAAGACAAAUAAGGGUUUCCACAUGCAUGUAAUUCAGUCACUUAUGAAUAUUCUUUUUAAAAAAAACCCUAAUGGAGAUCAGUGUUAGAUAAACCUGGGUUUUCAUUUUCACAGACGCAGCGAGGUGUGGCCAUCAAAAUUAAACAAGUUGCACAGCUCUUCUCAAAUACAACAUGCUUUAUUCCCCAAUUGCAUUGUACUGCAUGAUAUUGAGAGGUGUUUCAUAUUUUAUAUCUAUCACAUAUAAAUGUGGUGGAGAAAAUCUAGAAAUACAUCUCAGUUCACUGCCUCCUAAAUGACCAUAAAGUUGAAUCAACAACUCUCUCAAACAGUUUCAACAAAAACUGAUCAUUGUUGCAGUGCUGUUGUAUUAGAUUGCUUUAAAUUUGGGUAGGUGAGCUAAUAAACUGACAACUUAGGGUAUAUUUCUCUUGUAAAGAACAACCUCAUAGGCCAAUGAUUCACAAACCUUUGAAAGCUGAAAAAAAGGCACACUCUCCUGCUGUACUAUUGACAAAGAACAGGAGAACCAGGAAAGCUUCUUCAUAUUUUGGAUUGACUGAUAUUUUUUCUUUUCAUCUCUGUCAAAAAUAUGUCCACCUUGUACUUUAUAAUCUCUGUUAUUUUAAAAUUAAUCAAAUUCAGACACCUUCAUUGCAGCACACAGUUUGACUUGCAGUAGCAGAAAAAAGCAGAUGGAACUACUAAGUUCACUCCAGUAACUGUUGCCUUGCAAGAAAGCAGUUAAUAAAGUUAAUAGUUACACUUGUGUUUGACAAGUUUCACUCCAUAUUUUAUUCCAGCACAUGCAUGUAUCCAAAAUCUCUGAGGUCAGGCCAGUGAGUGUUGUUAACCAGUAAAACCAGAAAACUUAAAACUCAAUAUUUUUCUUAAAUAUAGAAAACUUUUACUGUAUAUUAUCUCACCUACAGCAUUAAUUGUCAUGUACUUACUGUUCAUUUUAGUUGUAUUGCAUUUUUAAGUCUGUCUUUUGUCUCUCUGCUAUGUUUUUAAUGUUUCUAUUUCUUGUCUUUUUGAGUGUGUUUUUCAUCUUUGUAUUUGUACUGCAUCUUUUUGUAUUGCUUGUGCUAUAUAAAUAAUCUUUUAUUCUUCUUCUCUUAUUAAAACAGGAAAACAAAUGACAAGUUUAUGUCUGACCAGGAUGAGACAGCGUGUUUCCCACAGUUUGUAGAGCAGGUGACUCAAGCUGAUCCUCUGAUGUGUGCAUCCUUCUCUGUUUUCUGUUCUCGAGUGGAAGUGAAAAUUCAAAAGAAAUUUGAUUAGUUGCAUUAACGUAAGGAACAAAAAAGCUUGAGACGUUUAACACUGAAAUACUGACUGAACACACACUAAACACUAUGUGCAUAAUUUCUAUGAUAAAGCUCUUGUUUGGCUCCUUACUAGGUUGUUUUACAUUUGGGAUUGCAGCAGGGCGUUCCCAUCACUGUCAGUUACAUAGUGUUACCACAGUGUGAUGUUCUUCAAAGAGAUGGUGACUGUAAUCAUCUAUAUAUAAGAGAACUGAUACUGAAAAUCUUUUGAGAGGCAACAGCCCUUUAACCUCGGGCAUGUGUGAGUCAUUCUUUAGUGCCAGUACUUCAGCAGCACGCACUCCACCUCAAGAAUACACUUAAGCACGAUAGCACAGCUAAUAAACACUCUGGUCAGAUAUGAAAACAUAAUAUCAGAUGUAAUAUAAAUGUGUGGGAGUUUUCUAUGUAUCAAUGACCUCGCACAGGUGUGAGGAUAUCCAAAAUUAGUGGCUGUAGUCUGUUGUUUAUACUCGUGGCUUUUUCAUACUGUCGGUCUAUAAGUGGUGAGAUUAGAUUUUUUUUAAAGAUGGUUAGUAGGCUGUAUUUCCCCACAUUCUCAUCAUUUAUAGUAGCACUUUUAGCCUCGUUAGGGGUUUGGCUGUAUGGGUGGCAAUGUUGAUCUGUAUAUGUCAGUCGAUUGGCCCACCACUCGGAUCCACACUGAAAUAUCUCAACAACUAUAGGACAGAUUAACAUGAACUUUUGUACAGACAUGCAAAGCCCUCAGAGGAUCAGAGGAUGAAUCGUACAGACUUUGCUGAUCCAUCCUGUUUUAUUUAAUUCCAUCAUGAAGGUCACAUUUAUCGUUCUGAGUGAAAUAUGAAACUACUAGACUGAUUGCUAUGACAUUUGACAUUCAUGAACCCCCCAGCAUUAUUAUAACUUAGGUGAUGACUGACUUUUUAUUUAGUGUCAUCAUCAAGUCUAAAUUUCAAUUUGUACAAGUUUAUGACCAAAUACCUGCAAAACUAAAGACAUUCCCAUCAGCCUCAGCUGUACUGUGUUUAGUGCUAAUAGGCUAAUGUCUGUAUGUUAGCAUGCUAUGCUAACAUACAGACAUAACGUAUCAAAUCUAUAUUCAUACUGGCCUUUGGGUUUUGAAAAAUGCAGAGAAAACAUUUCUACUUUAUUAAAGUUAGAAAUGGAUUAUGAAAAAUAUAAAUACCAGUCUGAAUUUUCAGACGCUUUGACAUUUUUCAUAGUAUGCAAUUCUCCCUAAAGAAGUGUUUCUUCCAUGUCACAGUUUAUAGGACAUACAGAAUUUAGGUUCACUAGAUGAAGUUGUCUAACUGUAAAUAUUGCCAUAUGUGCAAGAAAUGGACAAUACACCCCUGAUUUAUCUGUGUUUACCUCUGCUUUAAAGUCAGUGAAAGCAAAAGCUCCCAAGAAGGUAUUGCAUAUGUGCAGACUAAAACUGCAUCAUCCAAAAGAGAGAAGUUCAUGCUGAGACUGCACAUGGUGAAUGUAGAUCAACUGCGACUGAGAGAAAAAGAGAGAGAAAAGAGUGCAAAAUGAAGGGGGCUUUGGUGUAACUGUUCUUCCCCAUUCUGUCACGUUGAGGUUAGCUCAGAGAGCAGCUUUGCCCUCAGUACAGACACUACUUUUCCGGUACCAACCUCAAGCAAGCUCAGACUGAAAAAGAUUAGAGAGAAAGAUAAAUAGGGCAGAGCAGACUCAUAAAACAUCACUUUAAAACAUGCAAUUAGACAGACUUGAGAGAAAGAAGCAGAGAGAGAGUGACAGAGGGGAGUAACUGUGACGGGAAGCUGAAGUUUUUUCGGAAAUAGCCACCUGUAAGCCUCACACACAUUGUAUACAGUGACACGGUAGUGAACCGUGAGAGAGGCGGAGGAGCAGCUUAGGUGUUGUAACUUUGUAGAUUACCGAUGGCGUCUGGUUCUGCCAGCAGAGCGGAGGAGCAGCCACCAGCACUGCCUGCCAAAAAGCACAGAAGUCAGUCCAGAUGCUCCAGCGAGGGGUCUGACAGUGUUAUGGUCAGCCCUGUUGGACUCCAGCAUCAAAACUCCACAUACAACGACGUCUUCCCCGAAACCACCGACUGUCAUGCAGCCCAGUGUCCCAUUCACCAGCGCUAUGAUCACUCCCUACACCAGCAAAGAAACCCUCAAUACUUUGACAACCCUCUGUACAUGCUGGCACCCCUACCUGACACCUAUCUGCAUGAGGAGACAGAAGAGUUUAAACCAGUCGGAAGGAGCCCUCUCCCCUUAGCGUCCCUCUCCCAGCUGUGCUUUGACACCCCAGACGAACACCUCCCCUACCUCUUCAGCAGUUUUGAUGACCAGAGGGCUGUUUCCCAGGGGAUUCAGUAUCGUCAUCUACUAUUUCUUAGAAGUAUGGCGCAGAGCGUGGAAGCAAGGAUCCUGCUGCAGGCAGACGCCACAGGGAGGGACGUCAGCUCAUACCAGCCUCAGGAUUUCCUGCUGUGUGAGGGCAGUGAGCCAAAGCAGAUCGGAGACAUGGUAUACUACAGCCUGCACAGUCCCAAGCUCCCAGGGAGGGUGCUUGCUUUAAGGGUAAACAAACAACAAACAAAGACCGAUGAAACUCCCUCAGCUCGCAUCAAACACCAGCCCUCGCAUGUCAAUGUGCAAAAUGUGAUUGCUUAUUUCCAACCCAGCAGCACCCUGAAGAACAAUUCUGACUCAUUACAAACUCAAGAUCCCGCUCGUCCUUCAAAGUCAGAAUGCACUGCUGCUAACCCACCAGGGGGAGGCAGCCCUGAGUGUCCUAUAAACAUCAAUCUGCCCACAAUUCAGUCUGUACUCCAGCAGGGACACUGUGUGAGUGUUGAGAGAGACCUGCCGCACGUCACUCUAGAGGACUUUGUUCAGGAGAGCAGCUCGCUGCAGAGUACAGAGUGUGCAGUUUAUGACAGGCAGGUGUGUGUUCUGUUGCUGCAGAUAUUAUUAGGGUCUCAACAUCUGUACCACCUCUGUGCUGUAGCUGAGCUCAGACCUCGGGAGAUAUUUCUAGUGUGGCCCAACAAGGAGGGAGAAAAUGAGGCAGGUUUCAACACGAGUAAAACAGAGAGAAGCAACAGAUUGAAAGAGGAAAUGGAGUUGGAAAAAAUGGAGAAAAAAGGCAGGAUCCAGAUGUUAUGGAAGACACAGGGUUCCCCUCGUGUAGUGUUAACCCCGGUGUCAUCUGCUCCCUUUGUACUUCACCCCUUCACCUCCAUCAAGUCCAAGAUUGGAGCAUUAAUUCAAUACUGCUGGGGUCCACAAGAGAGCCUCACGUCUCCUCCUCAGUCCAAGUCUCCAUAUCGAAGGGGGCUUUCGUACCUGGCUUCUCUGCUCCAGAAUGAGAGCAGCGGGCCUCAGAUGGCAGACAUGGUGACCAUGCUUCAGGUGCUCCUCUGGGGCCCACGUCUCCCUCUGUUCAAUCACAAGGGCUCGACAACCACCACUGUACACAACUGGCUGACAAUCAAGCGAGCCUUACUGGUGAUGAAGUUGGCAGAAAGAGGGCUGAUCCAGGAUCAGUCGCCCCUGGAUUGGGAGGACUGUGUGUGCCUGCAGUACCUGUCAUUUACAGACCCCGAAACAGUUGUGAGCGUGAACAGUCAGCUUAGUCUCACCCUGAAUGUGGACUGAUUCUAUCACCACUUUAAUCAAGUCAGUUUGAGUCUUUUUUGACUGGAUUCUGAUUGUAUCCUGUAUUUUAAAACUUAGUAAAUAAGUAUUUUAAUUUUUUUUUUUGAGCCAACAAAGCAUAAAGCAGCAAGUACAGUGUCACUCUGCACUAUGUUUAACUGUGACAAAAUACACGAAGAAUGUGGGCUUCAGUUUCAACGGAGGCAACAGUCGUAUAUUUCCAUCUUUCUUUCUAUCAACACUUUAUUUACUACUCCUCAUAAUGUGAAAUUUGUAUAUAGCCUCCCUCCACUCAAAAAUGUGUUUUGCUUAAUAUUGCUCUCUAUAGUUUGACACUAGAUGGCUUUUUUGACAUUCAUCUGCUGGAGGAGGAAUGUUUACAUUAAAUCUGAUUUUAAGAUGUGUAGGACUGUGUAUGAGCAGGAUUUAGUCACUAACCAGUUUGGAGAAAUGUGGAAACUUGAAACGGGUCUUUCAGUGAAGUAGAGGGUAUUUAGUGUCCAGCAGUUGAACUUUUGAAAUGAAAUAAAGUACAUUUGCAUAUUUUUUUAAGAAUUUGAAA